AAAAGAAAAAGAAAGAUUAUAACCGAAAAGUUCCACCAUCAAAAGCAGAGAGCUUCGUCACCUUCAUCUCUGCAACUUUCCCUCCCGAGCUUUUCUCUCUGUGAGGUUUCCCCAGUAGCUCGAUCGAAUUCGGAAACCUCUUUUGUACCUUUCCAUCAGCUUGUGACCAUCAGUCUGGAAGUUCACCGGAUCUGUAGAAUUUGUUUUGUGAAUAGUAAGUACCAUAUAUAAUUCAACAUCAACCAGCACAGUUUUCUUACACAAGCAUCUGGCUCCUGCAAACUGGAAUAUGUCAAGUGGACCAGUUAGACGUGUCUCACGUCAAGAUAUACAACUGGUGCAAAACCUUAUUGAGCGAUGCCUUCAGCUCUACAUGAACCAGAAGGAAGUGGUGGAAACUCUACUGGAACAAGCAAAAAUAGAGCCUGGUUUCACGGAACUUGUUUGGCAGAAGCUUGAGGAAGAGAAUCGAGAAUUCUUCAGGGCUUAUUACCUGAGGUUAAUGGUAAAGCAACAAAUAAUAGAAUAUAACAGGUUGCUUGAACAACAGGCGCGGUUGAUGCACCAGUUACACUCGACAGGAGUUUCUUCAAUUCCUACCUCCAAUGGAUCUCAUAUCCCAUCGAUGCAUCAAAACUCAACAUGCUAUCCCCCAGACAGUGUGGGACCAGCAUUGAAGACAGAAAACUUACACCAUCAAGUUGGUUCCUGCUUACCUAAUCCAUUUACUAAUGGCGCGUCUUCAUUGCACAAUAGUAUGGAGAAUGCUGUUAAAAUGUCUGCUCAUACCAACAGGAUUGAUGUCCCACCAAACAUGCUUUCGACUCAGAGCACCAACAUGGGGGGGCUGAUGCAAGGAAUGAAUGGGGGAAUUAUAAAAUCAGAAGUUGGAUAUUCAGGCACUUCUUACAUGUAUGGUGCUGAUGGCAGCAACCUGGAAACACGGCCCAAUAUGGGAGAUGCUUCUGUUGCACCUUUCAAUAGCGUAGAGUCCAAUUCACAACCCCUAAAUGAAUCACUUCUUGAUUCAGACUCUUCCUCGUUUGGUUUAUUAAGUCAGAUUCCUCGAAGUUUCAGCCUCUCAGAUCUGACAUUGGAUUUUUCUCAAAGUUCAGAUAUAUUGGAGAGCUAUCCUCGAUCACCUUUCUUGGCUGCAGAUAAUGAAAACUUCAUGGAGUCUCGUGAAAGAGAACAUCAAGGAGACAAUAACAGGCUGGACACCAUUUCAGAAGGCGUAAGUUAUGAAGAUUUUGGCAGUGAAUAGUCAUGUAAUUUCAAAGUCAACUUUUGUGCUAGGACCGGACGAACAUAUACAUAGCAUUCAAGAUUUUUAUAGUUUUCAGAAGCUGAAACUUGUACUCUUUCAAGAUUUUGGUUGGUGUAGAACUCACUGAUGUAGUGAGAAUUUGACAGUAGAAUGCUUCUUUCAAAGUGGAAACUGGACAGCAAGGUGGAAACUCUUGAUGGAAAUGUGUUUGUGACUUUGCACGUGCUGCAUGCAUCUGUGAUGAUUGGUUCGUUGUGGUAAAUUUACCUUUGAAAAAAAAUAUAAUUUGUGUACUUGUCCAACGAAAGAGAGAAAGUUGUGAUGGUUAAUAAAGAAAAGUAUGUAUUUUGGCUUAAGUUAAUAAAGAGUUUUAGUUGUAUGUGUUUAUAUAGAUCUUGUUAUUGACUUUUAUAUAAUGGAAGACUUUCAUCUUA